AUAUUUAUAAUUUUUUUCCCUUGAUAUUGCUGUGUGGUUGCUUGCAAUGCGAAUUAUAAGCGGACACGCGUGUUCACAAUGAUUCAUUUUACAAAACUGUUCCCAAAACUAAAAACAUUGGGAAGUUGGUGGAUUGUAACUAACGCGUUAAUAUUGCCGGGAAACAAGCGUGAAUGUACGGCACACCAUGCACGUGUGAUUAUAUGUGCACAAAUUUACUUGGAAGCAAAGCUAGGAUUUCCGCUGCACCAGUGCUAGAUUACUUUACAGUUUACACAUUACAGUCUGUAGUUGGACAGCUAAUAGAAUGGCAACCGUUGAGCAGUUUAAAACACUUUUAGGGCAAGCCGAAGACCUCGGUAUUAGUUGGGAGCAGUUAAACAGACUUAAGUCUGUCAGGGUAAUUCAGGACGAUGGAAAGAAAUGGCUCCAACGGAAUUUAGAGGUUCUGUACGCUGUCUUGAUACUUUUACUAAGUAUUGGCUUUUCGAUUAUAUUCAGCAUAACUACGUAUACCGAUGUGGGAAUAUUCGAUUUAUUGAACCCAAGCGUAAGUUGCAUCGUGAAAAAUGAGCAUUUUCUUGAGUACAACCGACAACCGGUGGACUGCAAUGCCUGCAAGGAUGUAACUGAAGUUUUGUACGUAAACAAUAUUACACAAGAGGAAUUUCUUCAGAAAUAUGCAUUUAGCAUGCAGCCUAUCGUCGUACAAGAUGGCCAGAAAGGCUGGACUGCAAGCAAAACGUUCAGCUAUGAAUAUUUUAAAAGCGUAUACCCCCCAGGAUCAAAGGCUCUUUCACAAAUUGAGGAAAGAUGUCAAUUUUUCCCCUACGCCACGGAUAUAUCUACAGCUGGAGAAUUUUUUAAUAUGUCGAAAAACAGACUAGAAGGAGACGAAGACCACUGGUACAUUGGAUGGAGCAACUGCGAAGGACAUACAGCCAACGAGCUCAGAAAGCAUUACAAAAUGCCUUACUUUUUGUCCCCUGAAUUGGAUCACAGCAAAAUUGAUUGGAUUUUCAUGGGGUUACCGGGACAUGGGGCACCAAUGCAUGUUGACUUUGUUCCUGGGGCAUCUUGGCAAGCACAACUAAGCGGUGAAAAGGAAUGGACCUUUGAAACACCUCCGGAGUGUUACGGUAUAUGUUCAUCAAAAAUGAAAGUAACGGUCAAGGCUGGAGACAUAAUUAUUCUUGAUGGGAGCAGGUGGUACCACGAAACCAAUAUUAUUGGAAAGGAUAUGAGCAUAGUGAUUGGAUCCGAAUAUUACUAAGAAGAAUAAAGAAACAUAUUGUGGUUUGAAUAAAAUAUAUAUUCCAGAAAUUGUGUCCGCUUGUGUUUAGCUUAACUUAUAGAAGAUGUUUGUUUGUAUAGCUGAUUCACAUUUAGCAAGUUUCAUAUAUCUUUAGUACCUAAUAUUCCAUAUCCUAUUCCUGUUUUUUAACAAACAAGACAGCAAAAUUCCUAUGAAUGGGCAUGUGUUUCAAAUAUCACUAGUAGAAGUGCUUUUAUUGCGCCUCGCCAAAACAGUGUAACAAGCCGCGUCAAUCGUUGUGAAUUACCAGAAACGGUUUUAAAGGCCAUGAUAAACAACUCGUUAAUUGCUCGAUAUUAGGUAAGGAUAUUUUUAUAUACAUGUUUUUUUUUAAAGUAUUUUUCGAUAGCGGUAAAAACAAAAACUAGCACAAAAUUGAUAACACAGACUGAUAGCCGUUGACAAUAUAUAUGCAUUUUAUGGCUGGUAUGCCAUUUAUAUGUACCC